GCAACGUGCCGACAUGAGCCAUUGAGUACUGACGUAUUUCAUACGCGCCUGAGGAAAACGUAGCUAUCGCUGCUUGUUUUGAAUUUGCUAACCUACAGGUUAUGGCGGUGCUGCUCAGAGGACUACGAGUGGGACGGGCCCUGCGCUGUUUCAGUAGCGUGACUGCUCAGGCGGGCACCACCCCCCAGUGCUACGCCGGACACCGCGGAUUUCACCGAGCCGGUGUGCUACUACAGGACGAUUCCAAAUCCGACCCCACUGUCUCCUCUUCGUCUUCUUCCUACCACCAGCAUUACCAGGCCCACCCGUCCGAGUCGGAGCCAGCAGCUUCUGCACCAGAGGAGGAGUCUCCGAAACCUAAUUCAAGCUAUGCGGACCAGGGCGGGGAGGAGAGCGAGGACUACGAGACGGAGGAGCAGCUGCAGACUCGCAUCCUCACCGCAGCGCUGGACUUUGUCCCGCAGCACGGCUGGUCUGCAGAGGCCAUCUCCGCGGGGGCCGAGAGCCUGGGUUUGUCAUCCGCGUCGGCAGGCUUGUUCACCAAUGGGGCAGGGGACCUGAUCCUGCACUUUGUAGCUCAGUGUAACAGCCAGCUGACUGAGUCUCUGGCUGAGGAGCACAACCAGGUCCAGCUGGGCCAGGCAGAACCCAAGGAGACGGCGCAGUACCUGAGAGACGCAGUGGAGGCGCGGCUGAGAAUGCUGAUCCCGUACAUUGACACCUGGCCACAGGCCAUGAGUAUCCUGCUCCUUCCUCAUAACAUCCCCGACAGCCUGAAGCACCUCUCCACCCUGAUCGACGACAUCUGGUACUACGCCGGGGACCGCUCCACAGACGUGAGUGUGUCCUCCCGGCCCAAACCCCCCUCCUCUAACUUCAUCUUCUCCCCUGUGCAUCAACACCUCCACUCCGUCCGGCCCGGCUCUGCCAAGCUGAACUGGUACACCCGGCGGGCCGCUCUGACAGGCAUCUACAACACCACGGAGCUGGUGAUGCUGCAGGACUCCUCCCCCGACUUCCAGGACACGUGGACCUUCCUCGACAACCGUAUCCAGGACAUGAUGAGCAUGGCGGACGCAGCUAAGCAGGUGCAGUCCACCGGGGAGGCAGUGGCGCAGGGGCUCAUGGGAGCUGCAGUCACUCUGAAGAACCUUACAGGGAUGAACCAACGGCGGUGAAGUACAGGGGCCUCAUCUCUACCGUGCCCACAAAUCUCUGUUGUCCCAUUUCACGUCUGCUGCGAAACCUCACGGUCCUGCUUAUUCUGCCAGGGUUGGGUUUGUUUGACACCGUGUCCUCCUGUGUCCUCCGGGGUGUUGUCCUCAGGGCAGGCUCUGGGGUGACCGUGCCAUAGCUGUCUCAUCUGGGUCAGGGGGACUUCGGGUUCAGGGUCCGCUAGCGUAGACAUCCACCCCUGUCCUUUCAUUGAAACCAUGACCGUCAUAUAACAUAUGAUAUAAAAUAUGCAUUGCACUUGAAAUGUUUUGUUGUCUAUGAAAAUAACUUCAAUAAAACUAAAUGAAUUCUCA